AUACUGUUUCCCUUUUGGACGGCCUGAAGGAGCUUUAAAAGCCACGCUUUCAUUACUUGAAAGGGUUUUAAUGAAAGAUAUUGCCACUCCCAUACCAGCAGAAGAGGUGAAGAAAGUGGUUAGAAAAUGUCUGGAGAAGGCUGCCUUGAUCAAUUACACUCGACUUACAGAAUAUGCCAAAAUAGAAGCAACAGCAGAAAAGGACUCAGAGACCAUGAACCAAGCAACACCAGCUAGAAAACUGGAAGAGGUUCUUCACCUUGCAGAACUCUGUAUCGAAGUAUUGCAGCAAAAUGAAGAACAUCAUUCAGAGGGAAGAGAGGCAUUCGCUUGGUGGCCAGAAUUAUUGGCUGAGCACGCAGAGAAGUUUUUGUCUCUUUAUUCUGUUGAUAUGGAUUCAGCACUCGAGGCACAGCCGCAGGACUCCUGGGACAGCUUCCCUCUUUUUCAGCUGCUGAAUAACGCCCUCAGAAAUGACACAUUUUUGUGCAAUGGAAAGUUUCACAAGCACUUGCAAGAAAUUUUUGUUCCCAUGGUCAUCCGCUACAUCGAUCUCAUGGAAUCAUCAAUUGCCCAGUCCAUUCACAGAGGUCUUGAACAAGAGUCAUGGCAACCUGUCAAGAGCAUCACCAACAGUCUUCCUAAUGUAGCUCUUCCAAAAGUUCCAAGUUUGCCUCUUAAUCUUCCACAAAUACCUAGCUUUACUACACCAACCUGGAUGACUUCUUUGUAUGACUCCACCAAUGGCUCAGCUACAUCAGAAGAUCUUUUCUGGAAGCUGGAUGCUCUGCAGAUGUUUGUUUUUGAUCUUCACUGGCCAGAACCAGAAUUUGCCCACCAUUUAGAGCAGAGACUUAAACUCAUGGCCACUGACAUGAUAGAAGCCUGCGUUAAAAGAACAAGAAUUGCAUUUGAACUCAAGCUGCAAAAGACAAACAAAUCAACAGACUUGCGUAUCCCUUCUUCUCUGUGUACAAUGUUUAAUGUCUUAGUCGAUGCCAAAAAACAGACGGCUAAACUCUGCAUACUGGAUGGGGGGCAAGAGCAACAAUACCAUUCAAAAAUAGAUGACUUGAUUGAAGAAACUGUUAAAGAAAUUAUUUCACUUCUUGUUUCAAAGGUUGUUUCAGUGUUAGAAGGUGUGCUGUCUAAAUUGUCAAGAUAUGAUGAAGGCACUUUCUUCUCAUCAUUAGUUUCAUUCACUGUGAAAGCAGCUGCAAAAUAUGUUGACGUUCCCAAACCAGGGAUGGACCUAGCAGAUACCUACAUUAUGUUUGUUCGACAGAACCAGGAUAUACUUCGAGAAAAGGUCAAUGAGGAAAUGUAUAUAGAGAAGUUAUUUGAUCAAUGGUAUAGCAGCUCCAUGAAAGUCAUAUGCAUGUGGCUGGCUGAUAGAUUAGACCUUCAGCUUCACAUCUACCAGCUGAAGACUCUCAUCAAGAUAGUGAAGAAAACCUACCGAGACUUCAGGUUGCAAGGCGUACUGGAGGGAACGCUGAACAGUAAAACCUACGAUACCGUUCACAGCCGCCUGACCGUAGAGGAAGCCACAGUCUCAGUCACGGAUGCGGGGGGACUUCAGGGCAUUACUAUGAAAGACAGUGAUGAGGAGGAAGGAUGAAACUAUCUCACCAAGCGUUUGGAGUUUGGGGGCGGUGGUCUGAGGGUGGGGGGUUAUCUUUGGCUUGGGGUUUUUUUGGUAACUUGUCCUUGUAGUUGCAUUUAUAGUUUUGCCUUAUGAUAUAGGUGCAGAAAUGUAAUUUGCUCCAUUUUUUUAAAAAACUGAAAGUAAGAUUAUCAGAGGAAGAGUGCCAAGGACUUUUUGAGAACAAUGGUUGUAGCAUAUUUUAGCUUUGCUUAGGGCUGCGAGAACACUGGCAUGGAGUUUGAGUUCCACUUGUGAUUAUGUUUCUUUCCCUUUUGUUCGUUACCAUUCGUUCUUGUAUCUCCAUCAGAUAUUGAUGUCCUGUGCAGAAAACAAAAUGUGUGCCUCACUUAAAACACAACUAUACAGGAAAUCAUUCUUGGAAUAGAUCAGUGCCCUACGUAAAAAAAUAGUGUAUUUUCAGGAUUACACUUUGUUUACCUUUUUUGUGCUUAAUUUUACAUUAUUAUGUGAUGUGCAUUAAAAAUUUUAAUCUUGGUUCUUUGUAUUUUGAGGUUGGUAUAUAAGUAGUAGGACUUCAAGGACAGUCAAACACAUACAAACUACUUAGGAGUGUUGUUGUGUCUAUUCAUUUUGCAAGUUUAAAGAUAUCUCAUCAUGUUGGAUGUCAGUAAGCUUGCCAUCAAUGUUUCUAUUUCUGUGAAAAAUUUCAGGCAAUAAGAACACAUUCUGUCGUGACCACUUCUGUAUCUACCCAAGUUUGUAUAGAAUUCUACAAUUAAAAGAUGUUUUCAAUAUUUCAAAC